AUAUUCGUAAUAUUCUUUACUCGCACAAAAUAUGUGAAGUGCUAGAGUAGAAUUUCUCCCAAACACACUGCAUUAUAUAUUGUAUUGUAUGCAUUAGUUUUGUCAAAUCAUUGCAGAAAAAACAAGUCUAGCCUAAUUUCUGAUAUUGAUAGGCCAAAGAACACCGUAUCCCACAAUCCUUAGCUUUGUGUUGACAUGCAACAAUGGCGGCUUCCACUGCCAAUGUGGAAGGUAAAACGGCACUGUUAAAGGACUCUUUAGCAAAAGUCGGAUUUGAAGUCUACCCUCUAAAGGUUGGGUGGUAUAACUCUGUGCUGCCUCUCUCCCUGCGCCUGGCUUACCCAGAUGACAGCCUGGCCGUGGUGGUGCUCAGCACUCCUGCUAUGUUUGAACAAGCCUUCCUGCCCUUCAUGGAGGAGAGGGGCUGCCAGAAGCUGUCUGACCCCAUAGACCAGUGUGUCAAACACUGCGUCUCCUCUGCUGUCUCCGAGUGUUUCCCAGGACAGGAGGAGGAGGAGGAGGUGGAUGUGAGGUAUGACUACGAGCUGCUGCCCAGCAGGAAGCCAAAGUUCUUGGCGCAGACUGCGGCUCAUGUGUCUGGAGCAGCUUUCUACUACCAACAGUCUGAUGUCAGAGACCAUCCCUGGGGUGAAAAAAAGAUGUUCGGAGUGUGUGUUCAUCCGAGGUUCGGGGGCUGGUUUGCCAUCAGAGCCCUGUUGGUGUUUGGAGGUGUGACGGUGGACUCUGAGAUGGUGCAGCCUGAUCCACCUGACUGUGUGCCUUCAAGAGAGGACAGGAUACAGCUGCUGGAGGCUUUUAACUUUCACUGGCAGGACUGGGCCUACAGAGACAUCGUCCGUCCAGUCCAGAUCUACUCUCAGAAACAGAAGGACUACUUUUCCACUCCUCCUGCUCAGCGGUUUGCUCUGCUUAAGACUUGGGGCUUCCUGCCGAGGGAAAGCAAUCAACCUGAUUCAACAUCCGACACUCAGAGCCAGGUGACCGGACAUGGCUGAAACAGCUGCUGUGUGGAAGUGCUGCACAUCCUCUCUGAGCACAAACCGCCACUGCUAAGCUUGUAAGGUUUUGGUGGAAGCUCUUAAAAGGUACAAGGGAUACUUUUCAUGGACUUUUCAUAUGAACAUUUACUGCUUUAUAUGUUUCAUCAUAUGUUCACACUACUGAGUAUAAGCAGCUCCCGUGUCAUCUCAUGGAAACUGGAAAAUACUCAAAUGUAUGUAUACUUUAGUGCUGCUGUUGCAAACCUUGUGUGUGGGCGUUUAAACCAAAUUCUUUUAAAGAAUGCACCAUCUUUAUGUGCCGAUUAUUUUUUUUUUUUUAAUCAUAAAGAGGACAAACACUUUAUCUAAUAAUUUCUAGAUUGUUUCUAUUUAAUUUAAUAGUGAAGGCAUACAAAUAAACAAUACAUACAUUUAUGACUCCAAGGAUUUGA